AAAAGCUUUCGUGCCAUUUGCCGUCCGGUCCGACCGCCUUCUCCGCGAGCGCUAGGAGCAAUAAACGGCAGGCACCAUUCUCGGACUCGGAGGCAACGCCCAGACGCGCAAACGGAAGGAAGGGGGAGCGCAACACGCGCGGUCGCCGGGAGAGAGAGAGAGAAAGGGCGAGCUAGCGAGCGAGAUCCCCCUCUCCCGCUGCCGGAUCCGAUCUGACCUGACCUCGUCGCCGCCUGCCGUGGGAGGGAGAAGAGGAAGAGGAGGCGGAGGCGGCGGAGAUGGCACCGGUGUCAGCGCUCGCCAAGUACAAGCUCGUCUUCCUGGGGGACCAGUCCGUCGGCAAGACGAGCAUCAUCACCCGCUUCAUGUACGACAAGUUCGAUAACACCUACCAGGUCAAGUCCUUUUUAACUGCAUUUGGCUGGACUGUGGAGCCGGUCCUGUUCUUCCCAUUCCACCAUGUUACCAAAAGCUAUCAAGUGUCAGGCACUAAAAGUGAGAGUUGGAGGAAAGAAAACUAAUCGGCUAUCAGAUUCUGCAAUGGCUUGAUGCAUAAACAUGAUUGCCGUUCCGUUUGUUUUCCUCUAAUAUCUCACCUUCACUAGACAGAAGAUGUACGCUACCAACAUUCAUUUGUGCCAUUUGAAGUGCAGAUUUGAGGCUACGAUUGGUAUUGAUUUCCUGUCAAAGACAAUGUACCUUGAAGAUAGAACUGUGAGACUCCAACUCUGGGAUACUGCUGGUCAGGAAAGAUUCAGGAGUUUAAUUCCAAGCUAUAUUAGAGACUCUUCAGUUGCUGUCAUUGUAUUCGAUGUUGCAAGCAGGCAGUCCUUCUUAAAUACAUCUAAGUGGAUAGAGGAAGUUCGCACUGAGAGGGGCAGUGAUGUUAUCAUUGUGCUUGUUGGGAACAAAACUGACCUUGUUGACAAGAGGCAAGUCUCAAUAGAGGAAGGGGAGGGCAAGGCGAAGGACCUUGGAGUCAUGUUUAUUGAAACCAGUGCUAAGGCUGGGUUUAACAUUAAGGCGCUGUUCCGUAAAAUUGCUGCUGCACUUCCUGGAAUGGAGACGCUCUCAUCAGCGAAACAGGAAGACAUGGUUGAUGUGAACUUGAGGUCCGGCAAUGCAAACUCGUCCCAGUCUCAGGCUCAGGCUGGGGGAUGCAGUUGUUAGUUGCAGUCUCUGACACUUGCUUGCUCAUGAUCUUUGGGACUCUGAGCAUCAGAAGGCGUUAUCACUGAUGCUUCUCUCGGGAAGAAGAGUUGAUUGCCUCUCGCCAGUGAACACACCAUAGUCUUUACCCGGUGAAUGGACCGUUUGCAUUGGAACGAUACGUUUUAUGAGUUUUCUGUUAUUUCCUCAGUGGCCUAAGCUAGCAACAGUGUAUAGUUGGGUUGACACUUCAAACUUCUACCAUUCGAGUUGGGUAUUAGAACUAGUUAUUAUUGGUUCAUGUUGAACUUAUAUAUAUUUCCAUCCUUUUGCAGUUAGUUUGAGUCGUAUUUGCUGUGUACCAAACAUGUAUUGCAAAUUUGGAAUUUUUGUAAGCUAUAAUAAGGCCAGCACGGCAAUAUCCCCACAUGAUAACCCCGAAAUUUGUAUC